ACCCCGGUUAUCUGAUUCAUGUUAACCAUCUUACGAUUCUGACCUCUAACCUUGGGCUCUUUUUAUUUUUAUUUUUGAACCCUUAAACCACUCGAAGAACACAAAAAUAAAUAAAUUCAUAAUUACAUGAUUGAAAAUUGGAAUCGUGAAAGUACGCAGCCGCAACAGUAAAUACCCACUAAAAAACCUCUUUGUUCCAUUCUUAACAAUACCGGCCAGCGCUUGGUGGGUUCUAGACUUGAAAGUCUUUCAUUCAGUCACGCAAACCUUAAGAAGCAUGGCCAUGCCAGAUAGCCAAGAAUCGAUUUUAGCCAAAGAUGAAACUGUCAUAGAGCAAACACAAUUUGUCAAACUUGGCCGCUGUCAAUGGUGGUUUAUGGUGGCACUCAACAUCUUCUUCCUCAUUGUGGGGCAGGCUGCUGCGGUUUUACUUGGGAGAUUCUAUUAUGACCAGGGUGGUAAUAGUAAGUGGAUGGCCACUCUUGUCCAAACUGCAGCAUUCCCAGUUCUUCUCAUCCCACUUUAUUUUAUUCCUUCAUCCAAAGAUCCAUCAACUUCUUCAGCCCCACCUUCCAUUAAAGUACUUGCCUUGAUUUACUUUGCCCUUGGAGUGCUCUUGGCUUGUGACAACAUGUUGUAUUCUGUCGGACUCUUGUACCUAUCUGCCUCUACUUACUCCCUCAUUUGUGCAACUCAAUUGGCUUUCAAUGCAGUUUUCUCGUACUUCAUCAACUCCCAGAAGUUCACUGCAUUGAUUCUUAAUUCAGUGAUUAUCGUGUCAUUCUCAGCAGCUCUUAUUGCUGUCAGUGAUGAUUCCAGUGGACCAGCAGGAGUCUCAAAGUGGAAACAUAUCCUUGGAUUCAUCUGUACCCUUGGAGCUUCUGCAAUUUACUCUCUUUUGCUUUCCCUCAUGCAGCUUACCUUCCAAAAAGUUCUUAAGAAGGAAACCUUUUCUGUGGUCUUGGAAAUGCAAAUUUAUACAGCACUGGUUGCCAGUUGUGCUGCAACUGUGGGUCUUUUUGCCAGUGGGGAAUGGAGGACUUUGCAUGGGGAAAUGGAAAAGUUUGGCGAGGGACGAGUUUCUUAUGUGAUGACCUUAGUUUGGACAGCUGUGGCUUGGCAAGUUUGUUCUGUUGGUGUUGUGGGAUUAAUUUUCGUUGUUUCUUCUCUCUUCUCCAACGUAAUUAGUACUCUUUCCUUGGCUGUUACUCCUAUAGCUGCUGUGAUAAUUUUCCAUGACAAGAUGGACGGUGUCAAGAUAAUUGCUAUGCUUCUGGCUAUUUGGGGUUUUGCCACUUAUAUUUAUCAGAACUACCUUGAUGAUUCUAAGGUAAGAAGAAGGCAGACUGGUGUUAGGGAAUCACACAAUGAUUCUUCUGCCUGAUUGGUUGAAUAAAAAUGCACAGGAAUACAUUUUUCUUUUCAAUUAUUUAUAGCAGCUGUCUUUGUAAGACUUUGAUCAACGCCAUACAACUUAUAUAUUGGUUAUAGAAAUAUUUUGAUGUCAUUGAAAUCACAUUUUUUU